GAAAUAACUCUCAUGGAGCAAAGUAAGGAGAAAAAUGCUCCGUGGUUAUCAGUGCCACAGUUUGGGGACUGGGAUCAGAAGGGCCAAGUACCAGAUUACUCACUGGAUUUCUCAAAAAUUCGAGAAACGAGGAAGCAAAACAAAACAAAUAUUUCGAGGGCAAGUCUUGGCAAUGAAGAGGAACUGAUGGCUUCUACCAAUAACAAUGUAAACACUGGCCACAAUGAUCACCAGCACCCCCAUUACCACCAAACCAACUCUCCAACUACUAGGAGGAGCUUCCUCAGUUACUUCAACUGUUGUGCAAAGGCCUGAUUUUCAAGGGAGUCCAACGUUUUUCUUGUGUGCUGAAGAUCGAGGACAGGGACAAUAAUGCUUUUGCGCUUGGUGAUAUUUACUUUCCCCUUAUUACUGAUUUAGAAAAUCAAACCUUUUUUAAGCCCUAAUCUUCAAUUACUUAUUCUAUGGAUGUUGUAGUUUGAAAUUCGUGUAUUUAAGUAGAGGUAAAGAUCGUAAACAUGUAAAUGGCGCUCAGGACUAAUGAGGUGCACACCAGCUCCAAAAUAUGAUGAUUUUUCUUUGAUUCUUCAAUAAAUUAUUCAGUCUGGAAUUGAAUACUUACAAAUUAG